GUCGCCCCUGUACUGGGUGCACGGGGCAGUGUCGGCAUACCUUGUGCUGCGCUCCAACUUCUUCAUUGCUGCUGUCAACGCCCACAUUCGCUACACCGUGACGACUCUCCUCACCAUCCCUCCCUCAACCGUCACCACCGACCUCCCAUCUGAUGCAGCCGCCCAAAUCACGCGCUACAUAGACAUUUUCAACAUCGUGCUCGCAGCGGGCGGAGUGUUUGCCGUGCCGCUGGCGGGGUGGAGCAUGGAGCGACCAGGGCUGCCCUUCAGCUUCGCUCUCACCACGCUGCUCUGCGCGCUCUGCUCUGCCGUUCAGAUGAUGGCCAGUUGGGUGCCGCUUCCCAUGCAGCUGGUGGCGUUUCUUGCCUUUGCCAUCGCCAGGGCCUUCAUCUACAGCACCAUGGCAGCAUACGUUGGCACUCUCUUUGGCUUCCGCAACUUUGGCCGGCUCUAUGGGAUCAACCGGCUAGGAGGCGCAUUCCUUACAUUAUUACAAUAUCCUCUAAUGAGUGCUUGUGAAUCAUCCAUGGGCGCACAAUUCCUUUUGGUGAAUGGCAUCAUCUACGGGUAUUCCGGCAUCCUGCCCGUGCUGGUGCUCGAAGUGGGCGCGUUCAGCGAUGCGUGCGGGGCGGGGGAGGCUGUUCCGUGCGCCGCCCAGAUGAACCUGCUCAACGCCGCCUACACGCUCACCCCCACGCUCAUGCACUCAAUUUCUAUCAUGCGCUUUUCAGGUAUAUGCGCUAAUUUCUGCACCCCUGUCCCCCGGCCACCAGGCAUGGUGACCAACAGCGCGUGUGUGCUGCCAGUGGGCGCAUUCCUCGACGCCUACGGCCCGCGCACCACAGCCAUCACCGGCUCGCUCGUCUUCUCCGCGGGCCUCCUCGCCCUCGCCCUCGGUUCCGCCUCCUCCCUCCCGCCCUCCCCCGCCCUUCCCCCUGCCCUGCAUGUCUCCUCCCCCUCCGCUUCCCUGCUCCCUAUGCCUCCCGCCUUCCCUGCCUAUGAAUCGCACCACACCCUUCCCCCCCUCCUGCUCCGCCCUCUCCCUCCGCCGUGGCCGCUGCACUAUUGCCCCUCUCGCUUCGAGCAGUCAGAAAAUCGUUCCCAGCCAAUCACAGGCCGCCAUAUGGAGGGGCACUCACCGGGCAUGGCAUGGGAUGGGGAUGACAUGGCUGCGGGAGGCGAGGGUGCAAAGGGGGAGGCAGAGGGGUUGAAAGGGAUGACAGAGGGGUUGGGAUGGAUGGCAGGGGGUAGGAGAGGGGCGAAGAAGGGGAUGGGAGUUGCCGGGGUGUGUUUCUUUGCGGCUUUCUUUCUCCUCGCGCUCGGAGGACCCUUCAUCAUCACGCCCAUGAUCAAUUUCUCGGAGCUCCUCCCAUCAUCAGCAGCAGCAGUCAUUGCGGCACAGAGCGGUGCAUUUGACGCCUCAGCAGCCGUGCUCUUCCUCUUCGCCCUCGCUGUCUCCCGCCUUCACCUCGCCCUCUCGGCUGUCUGCCUCGCCUACCUUGCCGUGCCGCUUGCCAUCACCGCCAUCGCCGCCGCCACUUUCCCCGAUGUGUGCGAUGAGUCGAGUUUGAAGCGUGGGAGCACCCCGUGCCUGCCGCCCCCUCCCGCCAUCUACAAUGCCGACAUCGCCACCCAGCUCAGGUCACAGCUGUUCUGGGUGCACGUGGGGGUGGCGGCCUUCUAUGUGCUGCGCUCCAACGUCUACAUUGCUGCCGUCAAUGACCAAAUUAGCUUCGCCGUGCACGCCAAGGCCAUCAUCCCGCCAUCCGCCACAGCAGCCGUGCAGCAGCACUACAUCGACGCCUUCAACUGCAUUCUCCCGUUGGGCGGCUGUCUGAGCGUGCCUCUGGCGGGCUGGAGCAUCGACUCCCUCGGCCUGCCACCCGCCUUCGCCAUCACUGCCGCCCUCUCGCUCCUCUCCUCCCUGCUGCUUCUCCUCGCCCACUGCCUUCCACUAGACGCCAUGCUCUUGAGCUUCGCGGCCUACAGCGUGGCGAGGGCGUUCAUCUACAGCACCAUGGCGGCGCUCAUCGCUUCCCUCUUUGGCUUCCGCAACUUUGGCCGCCUCUAUGGCCUCACGCGGUUCAUCGGAGCAUUCGCCGUGCUGCUGCAGUACCCUCUCAUGAGGUACGGUGAGGAGACGAUGAAUGGGGACUUCACGGGCAUGACAGCAGGGUUCAUGGUGUGUGAACUCGCCCUCGCCACUCUCUUCCCCCUCUAUCUCACCCACUGCCUCUUCGGCUUCUUCUGGCGCCCCAAACCCUGA